AUGCUCCGCACAACCUUCAAGACGGCCGCAUUUCGCCCCCUCCGGGCUACCUUUACCACCACUGUCCGAGCCAUGGGCGAGGGCGAUACCGGCGCGCCUCCCAAGACCGGCGGCCCUGGUGACGCCUUCCAGCGCCGUGAGCGCGCCAGCGAGGACUGGGCUAUCCGCCAGCGAGAAAAGGAGCGUCUCCUCGAGCUCAAGAAGAAGCUCGCUGAACAGCAGCAGCAUCUCCAACGCCUCUCUGACCACAUUGAGGAGAUCACCCGCGAUCAGGGCGGCGAGAAGAACUAA